AAUUUCAUCUAUUUUUAUGCGCCAUAUUCUUAACAAUUCAAUUCAAUAAGCUAUAGGCUGGUAAUUUCAUUAAACUUCAAAAAGUACACGAUUAACGUGUCGUUUUAGGUUCAUAGUUGUGGGUAUUUGUAUAUUCGUUACAACUUUCGAAUGCAAAUCAUUUCAACUAAGGUAAUGUCAAUGAUCCUAAUGAUUUUACCGUUUAUAUUAUCUGAUGCCGGGAUAAUGCAUUGCCUGGCGGUUGCGCCCACACUUAUAAUGUCUCUCAUGUUCAUCAUAUUGUAUCUGGUGGAUCAAGUUCAUGACAUGGCUGAGCAGCUGUACUUAGCUAUACAAAUAACACUCAAUACCAUAGCUUUAAUAGCUGUUUUUCUAAGAAAGUAUCCAGCGAGUGCAUUAUAUGGACUGUUUUAUUGCCAUCUGUUAAUAGCGCUUUGUAUAGAUCAAUACUAUGUGUUUAAAGAACGAGGUUGUACAUUAUUUAAAGAUUAA